AUGAUCGUGGUUUCGUUAGCCGCAGCGCUGCUGCUCGGCGCGACGUCAGUUCUUGGUGCUAUUACUCCUCUGCUGAACGAGCGUGGCAAAGGUAAUGCACCUAGAGUCACUGUUCGGAACGGCUCAUACUAUGGUCUUUCCCUCCCAAAUUACGGCCAAGACACUUUCCUGGGUAUACCAUAUGCUCAGCCGCCCGUCGGUGAUCUUCGUUUCCGAGUCCCGCAGUCUCUCAACUCUACCUGGGUUGACGCCAAGAAUGCGACGCAGUACUCUCCACAGUGCAUCGGUUAUGGUAGCGACAACUGGGUCCUUGGCAACUAUGUUUCGGAGGACUGUUUAACGCUCAAUGUGGUUCGGCCCCGCGGGCUUUCUCCAGACGCAAAAUUGCCUGUGGCUGUAUGGAUCCACGGCGGAGGGUUUUUCAUGGGCGGUGGCUCGGAUCCGCGAUAUAACCUGUCCUUCAUCGUCCAGGAGUCGGUCGCUGCUCAGCAACCUAUUGUUGGCGUGACUCUGAACUACCGUCUCGCGGAAUGGGGCUUCCUGUACGGCAAAGAACUUAAAGCCGCUGGUGCUUCCAAUCUCGGCAUCAGGGACCAGAGGUUGGCCCUCCAUUGGAUCCAGGAGAAUAUCGCUGCUUUUGGUGGUGAUCCCUCCAAGGUUACCAUCUGGGGCGAGAGCGCGGGAGGCAUGAGCGUCGCCAUACAUCUGUACGCCUACGGAGGCCGUGACGAUGGUCUGUUCCGUGCUGCGAUAUCAGAGUCUGGAGCCGCAUCUGGUUCGUCCGGCGGCAAUACAUCGAGCUGGCAGCCGGCCUAUGACGCUAUUGUGAAUGCGACCAAUUGCACCUCUGCACCCGACACUCUGGCAUGUCUGCGGACCAUUCCAACAGCGCAACUUUCAGCCGUAUUCAACAGCAGCGUGACGGCAUCUGUGCGGACUUGGCCUGUCAUCGAUGGCGAUAUAAUCACCCAGUCCGGCACUGAUGCUCUUCGAAAAGAUGCAUUCGUCAAAGUGCCCUACCUUAUUGGAACAAACUUUGACGAGGGAACUGCAUUUAGCAAGAAAGGAAUCAAUACCACAGAACAGUUCCUGGAAGCUGUCAAGUCCAAUGGCUUUGACGACGCUGAGGCCUUGACUAUCGCAGCGCUCUACCCUGAUAUCCCACAGAUAGGUAUUCCUGCUACUCUCAAGGGUCGACCGCCUCCCAGCCUCGUAGGCUUCUUUGGGUACCAGUUCAAGCGGAGCGCAGCCUAUAACGGGGACCUGACCAUGCAAGCCCCAAGGAGAGUGACGAAUCAGGCAUGGGCCAGGAAUAACGUGAGCUCCUGGUCUUAUCACUUUGAUGUGGUCCCAAACGGUGUUCCUCCCAUUAUUGGAGCAACGCAUUUCCAGGAAGUGGCGUUUGUAUUCUACAACAUCAAGGGCCAAGGUUAUGAGAAUGCAGUGGCGGUCAACCCAUUUGCGAAUAUGCCGCCUACUUACCCUCAAUUGGCACGUAUGAUGUCGCGGUUUUGGAUCAGUUUCAUAUAUGAGCUGAACCCUAAUAAGUGUGAAGCGACAGAAGUCUUUUGGCCUGAAUACACCCUUGACAACCCCGAGAACCUUGUCUUUGAUACCAAUGUCAGCACACUUGCCUACCCAGAGCCUGACUUUUAUCGAGCAGAGGGUAUCGCGUAUUUAUCAGAGAGGCUGGAUAUGGCGAGCGGGUUCUAA